CUCUCUCUCUCUCUCUCUCUCUCUCUCUCUCUCUCUCCAUCAUCGAUCAAAGCUCUGCGUUUGCGUUACCCUCACGGACUUCUCUUCCUUGUCGACUUUCAUCAUUACUUUCCCUCGCUUUCUCCGCCCCAAAGAUCUGAAAAGCCAAGAGCAAUUUGAAAGGGAAUAAUAAUGGCGGACGACAAAGGCGUCGUCGGAGAAGCCAACAAGAAAGACGCGGCAACUGUACCUGAGGUGGUUGCGAAGAAGAAGCGCAAGGGACUUUUCUCCAGAAUGUUCAGUGGGAUCUUCCGAUUACACGGCGAUGACUUCGAGAAGCGGCUCAAGUACAUUUCCAAAGAAGAAGCCACUGUCCUUGCUAGAAUGCAGAGGAGGUCCAUAACGUGGAGGCGCAUGAGCAGACAUCUCAUUCUCUUCUCUGUCUUAUUUGAGAUUAUUGCAAUUGCUUAUGCUAUAAUAUCAACGAGAGCAACAAAUUUAGAUUGGAAGAUGAGGACAUUUCGAAUUCUUCCGAUGUUUCUUCUGGCUGCUUUAUCUUUUCUUGCUUAUUCAGCAUUUGUGACCUUCACAAGAAUGCGUGAUCGCAAGGACGCCAAAACCCUGGAAAGGCUUCGGGCUGAAAGGCAAGCAAAAAUUGAUGAACUAAAAGAGAGGACAAAUUAUUACACUACUCAACAGCUUAUUCAGAGAUAUGAUCCUGACCCAGCAGCAAAGGCAGCUGCUGCAACUGUCCUAGCAUCUAAGUUGGGUACAGAUUCAGGUCUGAAAUUCUAUGUGGGAGAUGAAUCUGAGAUUAAUGCCUCAACAGGGAAAAGCCAUGAUGUUGAACUUGUCCAUUCUGGUGAACUUCGAAACCGUAAACCAGUACACACCAGAUCUAAUAGUACAGGGAGUGUCCCAUUGACUAUUCCUGAAGAGGAGGCACCUCAUUCUGCAAGGUCUGACAGUCAUCAGGUUUCUGAGCAUAGUCAACUGAUUGUUAGUCAUCAUAGUCCUCAGGGAGCAUCUCCACAGGAUGGAGGAUGGAUUGCUCGGAUUGCAGCAUUACUUGUGGGUGAGGAUCCAACACAGUCUUAUGCGCUCAUAUGCGGCAACUGUCAUAUGCACAAUGGGCUUGCUAAGAAGGAGGAUUUCCCAUACAUCACUUAUUAUUGCCCACACUGUCACGCCCUAAAUCAGCCAAAACAUUUCGAAGGGCGUGUUUCUGGUUCUAACACGCCUAUCACCCCUAGUUUGAGCUCUUUGAGAGCAGGGGUCAGCAGUGAGGCAACAAAGCAGGCUGGUGGCUCUUUGGAUGACAGUGUACUCACAAGUACCAGCCCUGUUAGAGCUGGUUCAGAGAUUGAGGAAGAAACUGAAAAGCCUGCGUCCGAUACAGAUAGUUUAGAAAAACAUGAGUAGGGUUAAGAUGUUCUUUUCCUCAAUUAGGCCUUCUUUUCCCUUUGCUUGUAGGUAUGGGGUUUAUUUUCUGCUGGAUGAAUUUACGGGUUUGCCUAUAUGCGUGGUCGUGUACAAGAAUAUGUUUGAGUUGCCUUGAUAAACUUUUGGGGCUUUAUGAUCAUAGAAUACAUGGAUUGAUUGUAAUCUUGUACAUCUUGUGAGUUUUUCUUUUCUGGUUCAAUUGUUGGAGCUGGUCCAAAUACCUUUCCAGAUUUGGAAAGCUGAAACUUUACUG